UGUCGCCAGAGGUUUUGGACAGCAUGACCAGGCUGGUGCUGGUCAAUGCCAUCUACUUCAAAGGCAACUGGAACAAACAGUUCAAGGAGGACUAUACUGCCGAUGCUGAGUUCAGAAUAAAUAAGAACGACACUAAGCCAGUGAAGAUGAUGCAGCAGAAAAGUAAAUUCUCUCUGGCCACCAUUCCUGAGGCCAACUGCCAGAUCCUAGAGAUGCCCUAUGAAGGGGAGGACCUAAGCAUGCUCAUCUUCCUGCCCAAUGAGAUAGAGGGUGAUACAACAGGCUUGGAGAAGCUGGAGAAGGAGCUGACCUAUGAGAAAUUUGUGGAGUGGACUCGUCCAGAUUUAAUGGGUCAAACUGAGGUAGAGGUGAGGCUGCCUCGAUUCAAGAUGGAGGAGACGUAUGACCUGAAUAAGGUCCUGAUAGGCAUGGGCAUGGUGGAUGCUUUCUCUAGGGAAAAGAGCGACUUCUCUGGCAUGUCUUCAGCGAUUGACCUGUUUCUGUCAAAAGUCGUCCACAAGGCUUUUAUCGAGGUGAACGAGGAGGGAACUGAGGCUGCUGCUGCCACUGCUGCCGCCAUGUCUGAGCGCUCUUUAAUGAUUCCUGCCAUGUUCAUCGCAGACCACCCCUUCCUCUUCUUCAUCCGACAUAACACCACCAUGAGCGUUCUGUUCGCCGGCGAUUCUGCUCCCCUGUGUGAGCGCUGUGUCCCUCAGAGCAGUGUGACUCCACAGGUGGAGGUUACGUGGGAUGUAGCUACGCUCAAACAGUCCACAGCCCCUCUGCAUUGCUCUAGCUAUAAAUCACAUUUCCCCUCUCAGUUACUUUACAAAGUGUAA